GCGUCCACAUACCACGAACGUCCGAAGGUCGACAAGCCGCGCAUCACGCUGUCCACAUUCACAGGCAGCUAUCUGGAUGCAUGGCUCCACAGGGCAGUACAAUAUUUUGAGCAUAAUGAAACCAACGGUCCCGAUCGCGUGAGGUAUGCAGCCUAUUAUCUUGAUGGUGAGGCCAACGUAUGGUGGCAAUGGCUCACAAGGAUCUACCGAAAGCGGCAGCAAAUUAUUACUUGGGAUGUUUUUGAGAGAGAGUUGCUUACGCGAUUUGGUACAACUGAUUAUCAUAAUUACAAUGAGGCUCUUACGCGCAUACGACAAACAGGCAGUCUACGUGAAUACAGCAGGGAGUUCGAACGAUUAGCUUGCCGCGUGCGCGACUGGCCGGAAGAGGCAUUAGUUGGCGCGUUUAUUGACGGGUUGAAAUUUGACCUGGCUGCUGAAGUUCGACUCGAGAGGCCCGACACCAUGCAUGACGCGAUGGAAGUGGCACGACGACGAGAAGAUCACCUCUUCGCUACGCGAAGGGGACGAGCGGAUGUGCGAUUCACGGACGCACGGCGCACGGGGUCAAACCAAGCCACGGUUGGCACACGGCCAAACGCCAGCAAUCGGCCAGCAGGGACGAUAGUAAGGCGGCUGACCCCCGAGGAGGUUAAAUGCCGACGUGAGAAGGGUCUGUGUUUUAAGUGCGAGGAGAAGUUCACCCCAGGGCAUCAGUGCAAGCAAGUCUUUGUAAUUGAGGUGGCCAACCCGGAAGAUGAGGAGGUUGAGGUUGAGGAGGAAUCGCAUCAGGAGGACGAGAUUGAGACCUUCA